AGAGAAAAAACUAGUUAGCUAAAGAGAAGGUGUGUGUGUGACCAUGGCAUCAUUGGUGGCUCUGCAAGAAGACUUCAAGGAGCUUCGAAAAACCUUCCUAAGUGGGGAGACACGAAGUGUGGGGUGGAGGAAGGCACAAUUGCGAGCUCUCCUAAGGCUUCUUAGCGAGCAGGAAGACCAAAUCUCUAAAGUCCUCCAUGACGAUCUCGGCAAGCAUCACUACGAAGCCUACAGAGAUGAGAUUGGAGUUCUUGCAAAAUCUUUGAAUUAUUCGUUGAGCCAUGUAGAGAAAUGGAUGGCACCCAAAACGCGCCAACUACCAUUGGCUUUCUUCCCAGCAACAGCUCAAGUGCUGCCUGAGCCUCUUGGUCUUGUUCUCAUAAUCUCCGCUUGGAAUUUCCCCCUCGCAUUGGCACUGGAACCAUUGAUAGGAGCCAUAUCUGCAGGGUGUGUAGCAGUCAUAAAACCUUCAGAGCAUGCUCCUGCAACUUCUUCUUUUCUAGCCAGUGCAAUCCCAAGAUAUAUGGACAAUAAAGCCAUUAAGGUCAUUGAGGGAGGAACACCCAUUGCCGAGCAGCUCUUACAAGAGAAGUGGGACAAGAUAUUCUUCACAGGGAGUAAACAAGUUGGACGCAUAGUCAUGUCUGCAGCUGCAAAGCAUCUCACACCAGUUACACUAGAGUUGGGUGGGAAAUGCCCAGUUGUCCUCGAUUCUCAAUUGAGCUCGUCGGCUAGAGAGAUGGCUAUUAAUAGAAUAGCAACAGGGAAGUGGGGAUGCUGCAUUGGUCAAGCAUGCUUGUCCAUAGAUUAUAUACUAGUGGAGGAGAAGUUGGUUUCAACUCUGAUUGAUUUGUUGAAGAAGUAUAUCAAGGGAAUCUAUGGUGAAAACCCAGCAGAAUCAAAGGCCACUGCUAAGAUUGUUAACAAGCACCAUUUUAACAGAUUGCGUAUUCUUCUCGAAGAACCAGGAGUUUCAGCUUCAGUUGUUCAUGGCGGUUCAGUAGAUGAAGAGAAAUUGUUUAUUGAGCCAACGAUCUUGCUGGAUCCACCACUAACAUCUGAGAUCAUGAACCAAGAAAUCUUUGGCCCAUUGCUUCCAAUAGUCACAUUGAAGAAUAUUCAGGACAGUAUUGAAUUUAUAAGUUCAAGGCCAAAACCCCUUGCAAUCUAUGCCUUCACCAAGGAUGAAAUGCUGAAGAGGCGGAUUCUAUCAGAAACAUCAUCUGGAAGUGUUACAUUUAAUGAUGUCCUACUUCAAUACUUGGCUGACGAAUUACCAUUUGGUGGUGUUGGCGAAAGUGGUAUAGGAAGUUACCAUGGGAAGUUCUCUUUUGAUACAUUCAGCCAUCAAAAGGCUGUUCUUCGCAGAAACUUCUUCUUGGAACCUGGGGCUCGAUACCCUCCAUGGAAUGACUUCAAGCUAAAAUUUAUCAGAUUGCUUUAUCAUUUUGAUUACUAUGGAUUGGUUCUCUUGUUUUUGGGGUUGAAGAGAUGAUGGCCAGAUCCUUCCACUCAGUCAAAAUGUAUAGAGGCUCUGCUUCUGCAACUAAU